AUGAAAACAUACCACGCAUUAUUAUUGGCGGCCGUAGUAUGCAGUGUGUCUUCGCUAGAAAUUCAAUCGGACCGUAGCCCUCGCAUUGUGAACGGCAUCAAUGCUGCUAAUACGCCAUACAACGUGUACGUGCUUUACCUGAAUUCUGGAAAUUCAGGAUUCUUUGGCGGUGGUUCGCUGAUCUCCGAUCGCCAUGUUCUGACAGCGGCCCAAAACAUUGCUGGGUUCGUACGCUGGGAAGUUGGACUAGGAAGUACCGUCUUUGGUCAGUUAAGCAUCCAACAAUCCACCCAAGCCAUUGCUCAUCCCAAUUUCAACACUGCAAACCGGGCCAACGACAUCGGUUUCAUCGUUCUACCGCAACCGGUCGUCUUUACGGCCCUCAUAAGCCCAAUUCAGCUUCCCGUCCUGGGAAGGAAUCUGCCGUAUGAGAACGAAGAAGGCACGGUAGUUGGAUUCGGCUUCAACGCUGUUGGAGGACAAACCCGUUCGGACUUCCUGAAGGUUGCUUACCAACGCGUCAUUCCCGAUUCGCGCUGUGUCGGUGUCUAUCAAAUUACAUUACCGUACCACUUCUGCGCCGAAGAUGUCAUCCAGCGCUCCAACGUGUGUAACGGAGAUCUUGGAGCAGGAUUCGUUGUUGCAGAGCGUCGUGUAGAUACGCUGGUUGGCGUUGCUUCACUCAUAACGGCCUCGUGUGAUUCUACCACUCCGACCGGAUACACGCGAGUUUCACAACAUCGUCAAUGGAUCCGUGAUAACACUGGAGUCUAA